AGGUCUUCAUGCAGCAGCAGUCUAUAGAGCAGUGGUACAGCAGCCAUCAUGUUGGGUUCCUUAAUUCUUUUAGGCUUUUUUUUCUAUCUUAUUUUUCACUUAUUCAGGAUCCAGAGGCCCAAGAACUUCCCACCUGGACCCCAACCGCUACCUAUAUUUGGCAGUCUUCUUGAUAUUAACAUCAAAAAUCCUCUGAAAGACUUUAAAAUGUUGGCUGAACGUUAUGGGAACGUUUAUGGACUCUAUCUAGGGAGAAACCCAGCUGUUGUUCUUAACGGUUUUAAGGUGAUAAAAGAAGCUCUGGUGACCAAAUCUGCAGACUUUUCAGGACGCCCACAAAACAUUCUAGUUAGCCAUAUGACCGAAGGAAAAGGAGUCAUAAUGGCUGAUUAUGGCCCUGCAUGGAAGGAGCAUCGGCGCUUUGCUCUGAUGACCUUGAGGAACUUUGGCUUGGGGAAACAAUCUAUGGAGAACAGGAUUUUGGGAGAAAUUGAACACCUUGUUGCCAAAUUAGAGAAGCAUGCUGGAAGCAUCUUGAAUCCUCAGACAUUUUUCCACAAUGCAGCAUCAAAUAUUAUUUACCUGGUUUUGUCUGGGAUUCGCUAUGAAUAUGACAACGAAACCCUUAAACAAUAUAUUGCAAGGGUUACUGAAAAUACCAAGCUUAUUAAUGGUCCUUGGUCAAUGAUAUAUGAUACUUUUCCAUUGUUGAGAUCCCUGCCUCUUCCCUUCAAGAAAGUCUUUACAAACUGUGAAGCAAAUAAAAAACUGACAAAUGCCAUGAUAGAAAAACACAAGAAAACAAGAGUCAGAGGAGAGCCAACUGACUUUAUUGACUGCUAUCUAGAUGAGCUUGAGUUGAGGGACAAUGAAUCCUCCUUUGAUGAAGAUCAACUAGUAAUAUACAUUCUCAACCUGCAUGCAGCUGGAACUGAUACCACAUCCAACACCCUCCUUACGGCUUUCCUCUACCUCAUGGUUUAUCCAGACAUCCAGGAGAAAUGCCAGCAGGAGAUUGAUGACGUUCUGCAGGGAAAAGCUCAGGUGUCUUUUGAGGACAGACAUGACAUGCCGUACACACAGGCUGUGAUCCACGAGUCUCAGCGCAUUGCCAACACUGUCCCUCUGAGUGUGUUCCACUGUACCACAAGAGAUACUGAACUGAUGGGCUACAACAUUCCAAAGGGAACUAUUAUCAUCCCAAACCUGUCCUCGGUGCUGAGUGAGGAAGGCCAGUGGAAGUUUCCUAAUGAGUUUAACCCAUCAAACUUCCUCAAUGAACAAGGACAGUUUGAGAAACCAGAGGCCUUCAUACCCUUUUCUGCUGGACCUCGUAUGUGUCUGGGUGAAGGUCUGGCUCGCAUGGAGCUCUUCCUCAUCUUGGUCACCCUGUUGCGCCGCUUCCAGUUCAUUUGGCCUGAAGACGCAGGAGAACCAGAUUUUACUCCUGUGUUUGGAAUCACACUUUCACCCAGACCAUACAGGAUGGGAGUCAGGCUCAGACAGUCAGCUAGAGAAAUUUAGAACUAUGUUCUAUGUAUUAGAUCCCAAUAAAUGAAUGAGUGAUCCAACAAUACAAUAACACGAAGACAAAAUAAAUGUUCAAGAAAAAAUUAUAUAUUUAUACAGUAAUUACGAUUAACAUAGUAAACAUUCUAAAGACAUAAUCAUAUACAUUUACUCAGCCAUAGUUUAUAUACAGUAGUUCAGUGUUGUUUCUUUUUUGUAGAUUUUUCCUCAUCAACUCACCAAUCUGUUCAUACCAACCACCAGCCAGCGCUCCUUAUCACAUCAGUUAUCAACUAGA